GAGCUGCAGUUAAUGAUGGCUCUGCAACAGUUUGUGUGCUGCUUCACUGUGCUGAUCAUUUUCUUCUGCAAAGGUUGUCACUCACAGCAGCCUGCAUGUGGCAGCAGGGCUGUGAACAGCAGCAGCAACAUCACAGGACCUACUGAUGCAGCACCAGGAAGUUGGCCCUGGUUCGCUGAUAUAAAAGCUGUUGGAGUGUUCAAUGGUCUUUUUGGAGGGUCUCUGAUCAACGAGCAGUGGGUGCUGACAGAUGCAUUUGCACCAACAUUUUACCAGUUGGACUCCAGCAGCUUGGUGGUCUAUCUGGGCCGGAACAGCCUGUCAGGUCCAAACCCAAAUGAAGUGAAUCGCACAGUGGUAAACAUCACCUGCCAUCCUGGAUACAACUCGUCGACUCUUGAGAACGACAUUUGUCUUCUGAAGCUGUCGGCUCCUGUGAAUUUCACAGACUACAUCUGGCCGAUCUGCUUAGCCUCAGGAAACAGCACUUUCAACAAUGAGACCAGCAGCUGGGCCAUCGGCUUUGGUAUCCUUGGUGGCAUCUUCAGCAAUAACCUGCAGGAGGCAAAAGUACCAAUAGUGGGAAACAAUGUGUGCACAGCCAGCCGUCCAGGGAUCACAGACAGCAUCAUCUGUAUUAAACAGACGGAUUCAUGUUUGCUUACUUUGGGGGCACCACUCAUGACUCAGAGUGGAUCAGUCUGGCUGCAGAGCGGAGUUCUCAUUGUGCCUGGAUGCAUUUCAUCUCCUUCAGUCUACACUCCUGUGUCCCAGUACCAGAAAUGGAUCAGCGACACAGUUACAGGGACACCACCAGGCUUUGUUACCUUCCCCUCCCCACACAGUUCAUUACAAACCACUGCUCCUCCCACUGCUCCUUCCAGCUCUCCUCCCACUGCUCCUCCCACCACUCCUUCCAGCGCUCCUCCCACUGCUGUUCCCACUACUCCUCCCACUGCUCCUCCCACCACUCCUUCCAGUGCUCCUCCCACUGCUGCUCCCACCACUCCUUCCAGCGCUCCUCCCACUGCUGCUCCCACUACUCCUCCCACUGCUGCUCCCACCACUCCUUCCAGCGCUCCUCCCACUGCUGCUCCCACUACUCCUCCCACUGCUCCUCCCACCACUCCUUCCAGUGCUCCUCCCACUGAUGCUCCCACCACUCCUUCCAGCUGCUCCUCCCACUGCUGCUCCCACCACUCCUUCCAGCGCUCCUCCCACUGCUGCUCCCACUGCUGCUCCCACCACUCCUUCCAGCAGCCUCCCACUGCUCCUCCUACCACUCCUUCCAGUGCUCCUCCCACCACUCCUCCCACUGCUGCUCCCACCACUCCUUCCAGCGCUCCUCCCACUGCUCCUCCCACCACUCCUCCCACUGCUCCUCCCACCACUCCUUCCAGCUCUCCUCCCACUGCUCCUCCCACCACUCCUUCCAGUGCUCCUCCCACUGCUGCUCCCACCACUCCUUCCAGCGCUCCUCCCACUGCUGCUCCCACUACUCCUCCCACUGCUGCUCCCACCACUCCUUCCAGCGCUCCUCCCACUGCUCCUCCUACCACUCCUUCCAGUGCUCCUCCCACCACUCCUCCCACUGCUGCUCCCACCACUCCUUCCAGCGCUCCUCCCACUGCUCCUUCCACCACUCCUCCCACUGCUCCUCCCACUGCUUCUCCCACCACUGCUCCCACCACUCCUUCCACCACUCCUUCCAGCGCUCCUCCCACUGCUCCUCCCACCACUCCUCCCACUGCUCCUCCCACCACAUGUGUGGGUGUGUUUUGCAGUGGUGAGAACCUGAUCCACUUCACUCACUUCACCUCACUGUGUGUUCUCGUUGUGUUGCUCCAUGUGUUUGCUGCAGCUGUUGGAAACUAG